AUUCCUCCCCCUUUACCAUCUCGAAGAUCCCUAAGCAUUUCUGCCCCCUUCCGCCUAGCCAACUGUUCCCCUGACCUCGACCUCCCUACCACCGACCUCCGCACCGUCUCCACUCAUCGCUCACCAUCUUUCUUCCACUGUCCCGUCUUCGCCCCCAGGCACCUCCCGGCUUCCCUAGCCUCCUCCCUCCACUCCUUCUCCUGUGACACCUCCCCCCGCCGCCUCACCGGCGUGUGGCUCUUCCGCCUCCAGAACCUCACCAACUUAGUUGCAGCUCGCGAUUGGUCACUGUGUUGCCAUUGUUGAUAUAUUGCCAAGGCCUCACUUUUCCGUUCACCUUUCUCAUUUUAGAUGCCAGCUCCAUCGAAGAUCAACUGUCUUCGAUCUGUCCCCGCAUCUGGUGGAGAGAGGGAGAAAGGAGGCAUCUUGGCAAGCGCGGUGUAGCCUUCACUGCUUCUGCAAUGAAGGAGGAGGAGGAGAGCUUUGAAGUGAAGUUGAAGAAAGCGUGAUGAUCCGUCGUGGUUGUUGCUGCAGUUCUUGUUGUUGACUUUUGACUUCGAGUCUGCUCCCAAUCUUAUUCAUUUCCCUUUCUCACCUCAAUUCUCCAGUUUAACAUUCGCCUUUCUUUCUCCCUAAGCAUCGUGAGUUGUUAUUCCCUCUCAGCCUUGCUCCUCAGGGCAAUAAAAGAGCAACCUUUUGAGGAAGUAAUAGGUGUGGUGUGGUUUUCUCGAGCCCUACUUGCGUUGUUUGUGAGAGAGUGAUAAGGAACUACGGACUGAGGCCGUAAGUGUAGUUGGCCUCCUCUCGAGCAGCGGAAUAAAAGAGCAAUCUUGUUGCAUGGUCGUCAAAACCCUCGACCUUGUUCGCUAUUCACUGCUGGUUUCUCCUCGAAUCUGUGGUAGUUUGAUUGGCUAAUUGGUUGUUUGGUGGAUUUCCUUGGAAACAUUGAGAUGGACAGUGAGGAGCAUUGCUGCGUGAAGGCCACUUUUCACAUCAGGCCACUCACUGAAGACGAGCGGCUGCAAGGUUGCAAGGAAUGUGUCGUCGCUGUCCCUGGAAAGCCACAGGAACCGCAUACUUCUAUGCAUUUUAAACAUGAGCAAGGAGAUAUUGGGACGUCUUCCAAAAGUUGUUGGGAUAGACAUAGUGGAGAUGACUCUCUGGGCAAAGGAAAAUAAUACUGCAGUAAGCAGUCAAGUUAUUACUCAUGGUGGGCAAGACGCAUCUGGUUUGAUUCAAGGUCACUCACAAGUUACUGUCGAAAGAGAUCUUGUUUCACAAGCUGAAGAAGAGGACAUGGAGGCUCUCCUUGGCACGUAUGUUAUGGGAAUUGGUGAAGCAAAAGCAUUUUCAGAAAGGUUAAAGAGGGAACUUCUGGCUUUAGAAGCAGCAAAUGUUCAUGCACUUGUUGAAUGUGAAUCCAUAAUAGAGGAGGAUAAAGCUCCUUAUGUUGCUAAAGCAGCUAAAUUGAAGACGGAGUACACCAAGAUAUUAGCUAUGCACAAUAAAAAUCAGACAUUGAGUGUUGUCCUGGAAUUCUGGAAAUCCUUCUCUCAUGUCCAGACAUUAGAGAUAUGUGAAAUUUUUAUUCUCUAGUUACAGUUCAUACAAUACUUAUUACAAUUCUCUUUUUUCCUUAUAUUUUAUAUUUUUCUUUGCGUGCAGAGGAGGUGAGUUUAUAUUGGGGAUAUUUCUCUUUAUGUUAACUAGUGUGCUCUAUAUCUUAGUUGUCAUUCAAGCUUAGCAACUCCUAUUUAGUUGUACCCCAGCUUCUUUCUGAAUUUGUCUGAGCUAUUUACUUGUGAAAAUGUUAACUUUAUUCUUCCAUUUGUUUUAAAACAACUUUGAACAUUUUAUGCCUUAUCUUAAAUUUACUUAUUUCCAAACCUUUGCCUGGUGUUAGAAUUACUUCAAAUUUAUUUUUUUUUUUGUUUGAAGCUCUAUGUUCCCUUUCUACAUUAGAAGAAUUUACUUGGUAUUCGAAAACAAGAGUGAAAUUGAUGAUAUUAUCAUUAAUAGGAUAAAAGAAUGGAUGUAAGAAAUAUAUUGUGAGCUUCUAACCGUUGGAAUCCUUGUAACUUUCCAAAGCACUUCAUGAGUAACUCUUCUAUUCUCUCUGAUGCUUCAUUGACUUGCUCCAUUAAUUGUUACAUGUUAUCCAAUUGUUUUCUACUUGGGCAACUGAAGUUUUUUUUCUCAUUACAUAAGCGUUCUCUUCUAUCUUUUUAUUUGACAUAUAGUGCAUAACUAGCAUUCUGGGUGAAAAUAUUUUAUUAGUUCUGCUCAGUGUUAGAAUGUGUUAUGUUAGCACUUUCAUGGUCAUAACUAUAGAAGAGAGGUCUCCAAUAUGUGACUUUGCAUUUGACCUUUCAGUGUUUGUUGGAUAAGUUUUAUGGCAUUGCCAACCUUAAAGUAUCAUGCUUUGAUUUGAAUAUGCCACUGGGCUAAAUUGAACUCAAUGAAGAACCAUAUGAUUUAUAUGAUUGAGAUCGUUGCAAAUUGCCAAAUAGCUAUGGAUGUUAUGCAAUUUCAUUUCCUUCUAUACCAGUUGCUAAUUUCCAAUAACAUGCUGCAUAAAUAAGACAAUAAUAGUGCAAAACUGAAUUGUAUCAUCAAUCCGUAUGUGUUUCAGUAGGUUAAGAUAAUUCUUAUUCGCUUACAUGUAUAUUUUAUCUUUUAAUGUUUUUAUAAUUUGUUUAUUUUUAUCAGCUCCUACAGCUUAAUUCUGCAGAUUUGAUUGUCAAGGGAAAUUUGUAUACUCGGUCAUGUGAAGAUGCAGUCAGUAAGUUGCUGGAAAAGGCUUUAAAGAUUCAGCUGGGAAGAGGAUUUUAGCCGACAUAUUUUGGAUUUCGAUUACAUAGCUAUUAUUUUCUCAUUUUGAUGUGUGUAGUUAAUUUUUAAAAUUUGAAGAUAAUAUUUUCAUAGAUUGAAUGUAGUAAAUAUUUAAUUUUGUACU